AUGGCAGGCUGGUCGUCGCUCCCUGGCGACCUCAUCAACCGCAUAGCCGACCGGCUCCUGGCCACGGACGACCUCGACUACUACAUGGACUUCCGGGCCGUUUGCCGCGGCUGGCGCUCCUCCACCGCCGACCCCAAGAGCAGCCCGCGGGAACCGCGCUUCCGGCCGCGCCAGUGGGCCAUGCUCGACGAGGUCCACCAGAGCGACGCGCGCCUCUUCGUCAACGCCGGCACCGGGCGCUUCGUCCGCAGGGACCUGCCGCUGCUCCGCAGGUACUUCGUCGUCGCAUGCGCCGCCGGCGGCAUGGUCGUUCUCGCAGAGAGAACCGCCCCGCACGCCGCGCGCGUCCUCAACUCUUUCACCGGCGCCAUGGUCAGUUUCGAGGCGCCUGUGCCUUCCGAGGGGAAAGUCGCUGCUCACGUGAUCGGCUCCUCGCCGACGCUCGUCCUGCUCUGUGAAGAUUCUCGCACGAUCUACUGGGCUGAUCCUGACAGCAAAAGUUUCAUGGCGCACAAGGAGGAACACUUUGCUCAUCCUCUAAUCAGGCUGGCCCUCGAAGGAGGCAUCUACGCUGCUGCACGAGAGGAUGGAUCUUUGGAGUCGCUUCUUUUCCUUGAGGCUAACAUGAUCUUGGAUCUGUCAGCUGAGCCGUUCGCUGAGUAUUUUGCCGGUGGCGCUGAAGGGGGAAAUGCUGAUCGUCUUCAAUCUGCCUCAUCGCGUCGAGGUCUUCAGGAUCGACACCGGGACCGAUCUGCUCGAACGGGUGAUGAACCUAGGCAGCCGAGCCCUCUUCAUCGGGGACUGCAGGUGGUGCUUGCACCAGGAUUGGUCGAUGAGCUUGCUGGCUAUUUCUCCGAAUCUGAUGACUUCUCAGACAUUGAGCAUCUUAUGUGA